GCUGACGAACCGGAGUGAUCCGUGGGAGAAGUCUCAGAUGUGGUCAGCGUGUGACACAGUGACUCAGCCUGUAGGCGGCCUCUCCAAGCCUUCAAAAACACUCCGCCAGUCUGUGUUUGGAGGCAGGCAGACGACUGGCCCAUCCUCAAGUUUCACUGCUUGUACCUCACACACACACACACACGCACACACACGCGCGCGCGUGGGGGCUCGCAGUUCCCUCCAGUUUUUUGGAUUAUAAAGACGCACUUCCAUGCAGCGGAUCAAGUCAGCUUUGCAUUUGUGCUCCAUAUGAGGGAGAAAAUCUUCAAGGCACCUUGUCUCCUCUUGAGUCUGUUGACAAGUUGGAAUCUGUGCUGUGGAAAACUCGGACCCCCAAUAACUGAUGAUGUGAGCAAGCUGUCGCUGCUGAAGCACAACAUCCCUUCCGAUUAUGAGAUUCCUGUUUAUUACAUUCCCAAAGAAGUGUCUGGUGAGUGUUGGGUGGUAUUAAACGUCUACCCAUUGGAGCAAAGUCUUCGCAACCUGGCCGACAUGUUUGGCGCCGUCUCCUCCAACAGGGAAAACAUCCUGGUCUUCGUCACCAUGCUGAAGAGCCUGCGCUUCACGUUUGACAACCAGGAAUUGGAAACGGCGAUGCAAGUCUUUCAGUGUCACUACAAGGAAGGGAGCUUGAAGAAUGAGCUCUAUUUCGACUACAUCGAGGAGAUCCUCAACGCCGCCGGUAAAGGAGCAUCCAGCUUCUCCUGCAAGCCGCCGCCUUGUCUCAAUACGGCAAACGGACCAGGGGGUCAAAUCGGAGGUCGCGAUUACAGAUGGUGGAAAAGAACGCCGCUGCUGUUGGUGAUCGUUCCGGUCAUGGCUUGCGUCGUUCUCAUCGUAUGGCGGGUCACAUCAACGAGACAUUCGCCGGCGCGCCCCGCCGAGGAGAUCGAAAUGUCACCCGCCGACUCCGUCCUCAGCGUGUCCGUUUCCGUCCCGCUUCAAAAGCCCGACGAUGCUCUCGCGGAGGAGGACGCGCUUGCCGGUCAUCGUGACAGCAGGUGAAGGAUAAAGAUGAAAGGAUGGGAGAAGCUCCGUUGACUCAUUCUGCCCCAGAUGUUGCGUAUUCGUCAAGGCGGCGCCAAGCUGCUGCGAAGACGAGCGUGCGGUUAAUCAAGACGCAGAAUUCUCUUGGGACACUUCUUGUACAAAUCGUAGAUGGACUCUUCUGACAUUAAGAGCAAUGCGAAAACUGAGGCCGGAGUGUAAGAUGUGGAUUCAGCUUUCAAUCCGAAAAUCUACAAUGCCUAUGAAACAUAACUGAAAAAAAAUGGAGAAGAACUCUGGACUGGAUAUUCUUCUGGAGGAAUGGACCGACAGAUUUGGAAAUCGGGUGUCCUGUUGGCAGAGAUGGGAAUGCGAGUCAUUGCGGCUUGGACUCGAUUCACUGUUUUGACGUGUGACUUAACUCGACAAAAACUGAAAGACUCGAGACUGGACUGAAGAGACGAUGAGGUGACAAACAGGUCGAAUAAAUUGGGGAAUAAUAAGGUUAUGCGACUUGACUGGAGACAAACUGUAACUUGAUUUGACUUUUGCGAAGCAAAACGAUUUGGGGCUAUGAAGGUUGAAACGAUUAGUCGACUAGUCGAGUUCUCCGCAUCGGCGUUCCAAUCUCGAAGUCAACAAAUCACUAAUCUUGAGACAAACUGUGUUUCGCAAGGCAAAAAAAAAGGGCACUAUCGGGGUUGAAAUGAUUAGUCGACUAGUCGACAUCUACGCGUCGACAAAUCACUAAUCUUGAGACAAACUGUCACUUGAUUUGACUUUUGCAAGGCAAAGAAAAUAAUUUUGGACCAUCGGGUUUGAAACGAUUAGUCGACUAGUCGACUACGCGUCGACAAAUCACUAAUCUUGAGACAAACUGUCACUUGAUUUGACUUUUGCAAGGCAAACAAAAAUAUCUGGGACUAUCGGGUUUGAAACGAUUAGUCGACUAGUGGAGUUCUCCGCAUCGGCGUUCCAAUCUUGAAGUCAACAAAUCACUAAUCUUGAGACAAACUGGGUUUCGCAAGGCAAAAAAAAGGGCACUAUUGGGAUUGAAACGAUUAGUCGACUAGUCGACAUCUACGCGUUUACAAAUUACUAAUCUUGAGACAAACUGUCACUUGAUUUUACUUUUGCAAGGCAAACAAAAAAAUCUGGGACUAUCGGGUUUGAAACUAUUAGUCGACUAGUGGAGUUCUCCGCAUCGGCGUUCCAAUCUUGAAGUCAACAAAUCACUAAUCUUGAGACAAACUGGGUUUCGCAAGGCAAAAAAAAAGGGCACUAUUGGGAUUGAAACGAUUAGUCGACUAGUCGACAUCUACGCGUUUACAAAUGACUAAUCUUGAGACAAACUGUCACUUGAUUUUACUUUUGCAAGGCAAAAAAAAAAAUCUGGGACUUUUGGGUUUGAAACGAUUAGUCGACUAGUGGA